AUCGUUUUCCCCUUGACAAUUUAUAUUAAAAUACUUUCUAAAUAUUGUAACACUUAAUAUAUUCAUAGUAAAUCUUAAUAAAUAUUCUGUUUAUCCAGGUAUAUUUUUGUAAAUAAAUUAAAAUUUUAACAAUUACGUAGUGAACCUGUGGAUUUUAAAAGAACUAAUUAUUAUUUAAAAAAUUAAGUGAAAGUGAAGAACAAAAUAUGAACGUAGUGAGCGUAGUGUUGCUAUUGUUCGUGUGCCCUGGGGGAGUGUUGUUAGGGUGGGGGCAACAAAGGAACCAAUCAGGUGUGAGAAUAGGCACAGGUCAUAGGCAGGUGACGGCCACGGGACCCACGAACAUCAGGGGCGGUAGUGGCAUCAAGAUUGGGAGCGCCAACAAGAGUCAGAGGAAUUACACCAAGCCUACAACUCUUGCUCCUUUGGAGACCCCAACACCACCCCCGAACCCCCCACCCUACUCACACAAAGGGCUUCCAAUUCUGAAUGUGGGACUUGUAGUGCCGCUCAAAUCGUUCGGUCUCCGGGAGUACAACCGCGCGGUCAGCACUGCGGUUACGUUCCUGAACCGCACGGGUUCCAGGACUCGCCAGCUUAGUGUUUUCCAGCGUCAUCAGGUUCAGUUUCACAUGGUCAUGAACUCACUCACACCAACACCCACAGAUGUCAAAUUGCAUUAA